UGUAAUAUUUAUUUUAUUGAGCUAACAAAAACAAAAAAUGUUUUUAAGACGUGGUGUAAAUGUAUUAAGAGCAAUAUCUACCAACUGUUGCCGUGUACACCGCACCGGAGUGCGAAAUUUAACAGGUGCUCCAGUCUCUUGCAGGCGUCAGUUGGAACUUGUAAACAUUUCAUCUGGGUGUCAGCGUUAUUACAGCAGUGGCAGUCAAAUAGGCAUAGUGGAUUAUGCUGAAGUGAAAAAGCUUGCCAAUGAGCCACAAAAAUUGCUAAUUGAUGUACGCGAACCCGAUGAACUCAAGGAAACAGGACAAAUCCCAUCCAGCAUUAAUAUACCCUUGGGCAUUGUUGGUCAAGAACUGGUGGAAAACGCCAAACUUUUCAAGUCAAAGUACGGACGUGAGAAGCCGAGCCUUGAGACCGAGAUCAUAUUCCAUUGCAAGAUGGGCAUGCGCAGUCAGAAGGCCGCAGAAGCUGCAGCCACAUUAGGUUUUAAGAAUGUCAAGAACUACAAAGGCUCUUGGGUGGACUGGGCCGAAAGGGAAGGUUUAUCCAAAUAAAGUAAUACAUAUAACAUUCUCAUGAAAAAUGACACAAAUACUCUUAAUAAUAUUAAAUAAAUAAAUCUUUUGUAGUCGUUUCUCUGAA